AUGUCCGUCGCCACGACUCCCUCGAAGCAGAUGGCUACAGGCCUUGCUAAGAUUGAUGUGAACGCUUCGCCUACCAAGGCGAAGAAGCUCGAUCUCGUGAAGGAGGAGAAGGAAGAGGAGCAACGCUCGGCUCUCGACAACCAUGUGUAUGGCCGCUUUGUCGGCGAGGUGGACCUCGACGAGUCGGAGGAACCCAUCCUCGUGGAAAACAAGCGCCGCUUUGUGCUGUUCCCGAUCCGCUACCACGAGAUCUGGGCGAUGUACAAGAAGGCUGAGGCCUCGUUCUGGACCGCUGAGGAGGUCGAUCUGUCGAAGGACUUGCACGACUGGGACAACCGCAUGAACGACAACGAGCGUCACUUUGUGAGUACCGUCCUUGCGUUCUUCGCCGCGUCGGACGGUAUUGUGAACGAGAACCUGUUGGAGCGUUUCAGCAACGAAGUGCAGGUGGCGGAGGCUCGCUGCUUCUACGGUUUCCAGAUUAUGAUGGAGAACAUUCACUCGGAGACCUACUCGCUGCUCAUCGACACGUACAUCCGCGACACGGCGCAGCGCGAGUACCUGUUCAACGCUAUCGAGACCAUUCCCGUUGUGAAGCAGAAGGCCGAGUGGGCCCUUCGCUGGAUUGCGGACAAGCGUGCCUCGUUCUCGGAGCGCCUUGUGGCGUUUGCCGCCGUGGAGGGCAUCUUCUUCUCGGGCUCGUUUGCGUCGAUCUUCUGGCUGAAGAAGCGUGGUCUCAUGCCGGGUCUGUCGUUCUCGAACGAGCUUAUUACCCGUGACGAGGGUCUGCACACCGACUUUGCGUGCUUGCUGUUCAGUCACCUGAAGAAGCGCUCGCACCCUGACACGGUCAACCGCAUCAUUACCGAGGCUGUCUCGAUCGAGAAGGACUUUUUGACGGAGGCUCUGCCUGUGUCGCUUAUCGGCAUGAAUGCUCGUCUCAUGUGCCAGUACAUUGAGUUUGUGGCCGACCGUCUGCUGGUCGCUCUCGGCAACCCGAAGCACUACCACUCGACGAAUCCAUUUGACUUUAUGGAGAACAUCUCGCUGCAGGGCAAGUCGAACUUUUUCGAGCGUCGUGUGGCCGACUAUGCCAAGGCUGGUGUCGCUCGUGACGAGACGGAGGAGAGCACCACCCAGAAGCAGGGCGCACACACUUUCAGCUUGGAGGAGGACUUUUAA